GCGGGAGCAUCGUUUUCGAAAGAGCACAUCCUACUCCUCGCACUAUUGCUUGUGCUAUUCGUUAAUCAAGCUCACAAAAUCUCGCACUCUUGCAACACAAUAUUCUGAAGCCCUAUCCCCUCUAAACCCAUGCUAUCAACACUGCCCAGUCAAUAUCAAUAUUCAGACAUCCGGAAUAUCCAUCAGGAAUUUAUUUGACAAGUGCUUGAGGUCGACGAUAAAUAUUUUUUUUAUUAAAGAAAACAUUUAAUUAAGUGUCAUUUGUAUCGAUAUAAAAAAAUUGUGAAUCGUUGAAAAUUAAGUUCAAAAUUUUACAGUGAUUGUGUUUCUCCAUGUCCACAAAAUGACGUAAUUUGUUCUUUUUUUUUGCAUUAAGAUCUGAAUAAAUGAGAAAUUUAAUAUUCAUGAACAUCGAAAAAACUACAAAAGCCAACAUUUAAAUGUACAGUGCAGUUAUAAAGUUAAGUGACAGUGGAAUUAUAUUGCUACCAUUUUAUUACGAUUAAACACAUUUUAUUAUUUCUUGUGUCACCAAACUGUGUGUGGAAUUUACUCUCCUGAAUUAAUAUAUACAUAAUUGCAUUCCGUCCGACGACUGCAAACUUUUUUUCUUCAGGGAUCCAAGUGGUAUACUUGGAUGAUGACUGAUCAGAUGAAAACAAAACAUGACUUUCCAAUAAAAAUAAUGAAUUGCCAAUGGAAUAUUAAAACUCAUUAAAAAAACAUAUAAAAAUCACAAGGUUUAAUAAAUAUAAAAUGUGAACGUAUAAAUAAAGUUAAUAAAUAGUGAAUUAAUUAUUAAAAAUAAUUUACAAAAUGAUGAAAUAAUCGAUAAUUAAUAAAUUGUUGUUGUUAAUUCAAAAUAAAUAUUGCGAAGAAGUAGUUGGACAUGUAUUCAAGAUAGUAGAUAAUAAUGUGAUAGAACUCGCUAGAAAUAAGCGAUGUCUACUUCUCUUUCCACAUUCAUCUGUUUUAUUAUUUAUUUUGGUGGUGCUGUUACUUGCUUGCGUAAUUUCCGAACAGACUUCUUAGAGGAAUGGCCGACUCCAGGAACAGGACCGCACUUUGACACCUCAAUGCCCUCCAAUUUCACCGGUCUUGUUGGCAACACUGUCGACCUGGUUUGCAAAGUCAAGAACCUCGGUAACCGCACGGUGUCAUGGGUCAGACAUCGAGACAUUCACUUGUUGACAGUUGGUCGAUAUACAUACACAAGUGAUCAACGAUUUGAAGCUCAACAUCACCCACACACUGAAGAGUGGACCCUCAAGAUACGAUAUCCUCAAAGAAAAGACUCGGGAUUCUAUGAGUGCCAAAUAUCUACUACUCCACCAAUUGGACAUCCAGUUUAUCUCACUAUUGUCGAGCCUGUCACUAUUAUAGUCGGUCAACCAGAUCUUUUCGUGAAUAAAGGAAGCACCAUUAACCUGACCUGCCUCGUCAAAUACGCUCCAGAUCCACCACCUACAAUGACCUGGCGUCACAAUAGCGAGGAUAUCAAUUUUGAUUCCCCACGUGGUGGCAUCAGUCUUGUGACCGAAAAAGGCCGUGAGACGUCGAGUCGAUUAAUGAUACAAAAUGCAGUGCCAACUGACUCGGGACUUUACACUUGUAAACCAAGCAACGCAAAUCCCAGCAGUAUAAGAGUCCACGUUGUCAAAGAAGAGCAUCCUGCUGCAAUGCAUCACGGAUAUGGCAACUAUAUACACCAUGACAAAAAUGUAUUUUAUUUAAUUUCUAUUAUUUUAAUUCACUUAAUGUUUAUAAUGUGAGAACUAUUGCCCAGAGCGUAAAAAUUGAAAUGAAAAGAAUUAAUGCUCGUGCAGGGUAUAAAAUUUCAUUAUUACUGUUUACAUUUAAUAAUGUGACCAACAAAAAAUUUUCCAAUAUCAGCACAUCAUAAUAUUCAAUAAAGAUGUAGUAUUUUGUUAAAGUCUAAUGUUAAACUCUAACUAUGGCAUCAAAAUCAUCAAAAUCUCUAAAAA